ACGAUCAGUGCUGCCGGAAUCCACAUAGUACAUAUCGAUGAUAGAUGGAAGAUAUCUUCAAGAGCUGAACACUCGGAUAUCAUGAAAUGUACCAGUAUGCCACAUCCAGCUCACGAUUCUCACAGGUUAUCAGUGAAAACAUGGGAAGAGGAGGAGAGCGAUCAUGUUGAUAGCCCACUUAGCAGAGGGCAGUCGAUGUGUGAUGACUCUUCUUCAGAACUAGAGAGAAUGGCUUCUAUUGACCAGAGAGAUGGCAACUCUCAGAAUUCCCUCCGUGGCCGAGGUGCUCUCUCUAGGAUAGUGAAUAUGGUGAUGACUUUAAGAGAAUGGGCUCAGAAGAGCGUGUCUGAGGAGACUGAGCGGCCUGAUUCUUUUUUGGAGCGUUUUCGGGGACCCGCCCACUUGGACACACACGCCCCACCCAGCCGCUACAGUCAGAGCCAAAAUGGCUCUGAUACAGACAUUGAAAAGAGACGCACAAAAAAAAAGAGGAAGUGUAACAAUGUCAUUUUAGCCCCUUCAGAUGAUGUAUAUUACCACUGGCUGAUGGUGAUUGGUCCUGCUGUUUUUUAUAACUGGACUAUAUUAGUUGUCAGGGCCUGUUUUGAUGAGCUGCAGAUGAGGAAUGUUUUGGUUUGGCUAGUCAUGGACUACAUCUGCGAUGGAAUCUACAUCCUCGAUAUAGCUGUACGUCUCCACACAGGUUUCUUAGAGCAAGGACUGAUGGUGAAAGAUGGGCACCGUUUAAGGGAAACCUAUAUUCGAACCUUACAGUGUAAGCUUGACAUCUGCUCCAUCCUUCCCACUGAUCUGUUGUAUUUGACUUUUGGAGUCAGUCACACGCCCCUUCUUCGAUUCAAUCGCCUGCUUCGUCUACCACGGCUGUUUGAAUUCUUCGAACGUACCGAAACAAGAACAGGCUACCCAAAUACCUUUCGCAUCUGUAAACUCGUUGUAUACAUUUUGGUGAUCAUCCACUGGAAUGCCUGUGGAUACUACAGCUUCUCUAAAGCUUUGGGACUGGGCUCUGACUCUUGGGUAUAUCCCAAUGCCUCAGAUCCAGAGUUUGCCUCCCUGACAAGAAGCUAUAUAUACUGCUUGUACUGGUCCACUUUAACGCUGACAACCAUUGGAGAGACUCCACCUCCUGUGAGAGAUGAGGAGUAUCUCUUUCUGAUAUUUGACUUUCUGGUAGGCAUUCUAAUUUUUGCCUCCAUUGUUGGGAAUAUCGGAGCCAUGAUAUCGAAUAUGAAUGCCACGAGAGCAGGCUUUCAGGCUCGUGUUGAUUCGCUGAAAAAUUACAUGCACUUCCGGCAUGUCAACAAGGUGUUAGAGCAACGUGUCAUGCGGUGGUUCGACUACCUCUGGACUAAUAAGAAGACGAUCGAUGAACAGGAAGUGCUCAGAAGCUUACCCAGUAAACUAAGAGCAGAGAUUGCAAUCAAUGUUCACCUGGACACACUGAAGAAAGUUCGUAUUUUCCAAGACUGUGAGGCUGGUCUUUUGGUAGAGUUGGUGCUCAAGCUUCGACCACAGGUUUUCAGUCCAGGGGACUACAUCUGUAGAAAGGGAGAUGUGGGUAAGGAGAUGUAUAUAAUCAAAGAUGGUCGUCUCGCUGUGGUGGGAGAAGAUGGAGAGACCCAGCUAGCUGUCCUCACAGCGGGUAGCUGUUUCGGAGAAAUAAGCAUCCUAAAUAUCAGCGGCAGCAAAAUGGGCAACAGACGUACAGCUAAUAUUCGCAGUCUUGGAUACUCUGACCUUUUCUGCCUUUCAAAACAAGACCUGAUGGAUGCGCUACAGGAGUUCCCCCACGCCAGGGCGCAACUCGAGCAGAGGGGUCGGGAUAUUUUGCUGAAGGAGGGGCUCCUGGAAGAAGUCAGUGUGUCUGCCGGGGAGGAGCUGGAGGAGAAGGUUGAUAGGCUAGAGACUAGUAUGGAUCGACUACAGACAUGUUUGGCACGCCUCCAGAGUGAGUUCAACUCUGCUCAGCUUCGAAUGAAACAGCGCAUGACAGCCCUCGAGCACAACAUCACCUCAGUAACCACUGGCAGUGGUUUUCUGUCAGACAUAGACUGCAAUGACAGCGCCUCUGGUGGCGACGGAAUGCGAAGCCAAAUAAAUAUUCGGCUCUAACUAAUCCUUGGAAAGAAGUUCAAAUUCCAAUUCUUUUUAGAUCACCUUGAGGCAGGCUCAAAAGGUCACCUUUCUUGUUCUUGUUCUUCUUUUGCUUAUUGAGAAACUUAACUAAAAAUGCUACUCCUUCGUUAUUCGUGGACUGAUCGGAAUGAAAUUUGAUAGGCGUAUUCUAGGAAUGUAUACACAUCGGUGUUUAAUUUAUCUAUUUGUAUUUUAUGGCCGUCAUGUGGGGUUAACAUAGGGUGAUGUACGCGUUGUGAUAUAUCGUUCCACGGAUCACUAAACAAUAGCUUGAAUGCAUUUCAUUGGGCAGUCUUAGUUCGUUCGAAAUGCUUGCAUUAGAUAGGGUUAUUUGAGUUCAGAUUUAAGUAAAGAUACUUAAUUAGUGAGCCAUUUCGUUAAGCUUGAAUGCAUAGGACAAUUAUAUAGGGUGGAUUAUUAUGAAGAAUUUUGGUCUUCGUCCUCCUGAUGGCACAGAGUUCCAAUAUGUAAAACUGUAGCUGUUUUGCUUGUACUUAGUGCCGUGUGUUAGCGCAGCAUAUCAUCACUAAAGCCUGUAAAAUAAUAAUAACAAUGUUAAGGGAAUGGAUAUCAUACUUAACUGUGAAAGCUACGUUUGAAAACCUCUUGCUGCCCUUAAACUUUCUAGAACCACAACAGCUUCUAAAUAAGUAGUAUUUGGUUUAUUAGUAUUAUAUACGUAUGUAAGUUACUAGACAAAUGAAGUUUUAAUACUAAAUAAUAAAAAUCAAAUUUAAAAAAUGAAUAUUCAUUAUGUUAAAUUUUGUCUAUGU